AUGACCACUCGAGACGGGUUCUAUCUCCAAAAUGACAACGACUUACUCCAGAAGGGCCUGAGAUGUGCGGGAGCCAUUAAUCCGCCAACGAACGUUAGUGGUAAGAGAUCACGAGUCUACGAUGUCAUCGUCGUUGGUGCCGGAUACUCUGGAUUGACUGCCUGCCGGGAUCUUUGCAUAGCUGGGUUCAAUGUCCUCUUGCUCGAGGCUCGUGAUAGGAUCGGUGGACGAACCUUCACGGCAGAAGUCGACGGUCACUUGUACGAGAUGGGUGGGACCUGGGUCCAUUGGAACCAGCCCCAUACCUAUCGAGAAAUGUCCCGCUAUGGCCUGACUGAGCUGUUACUCAGUCACGACAAAUCUGUUGGUGUUAACUACUAUACGGCGUUGCUAAAUGGCAACCGUCAGAUCAUUGACCAUGAGAAAGCGCACGCGAUGACCGAGAAAGCCUUCCGAAAGCUCUGCGACGUGGAUGGUAAGCUGGGACGAGAGGUCAUGCCGUUGCCGCAUGAUCCGCACUUCAACCCCAAGGUCAAGGCAUGGGAAAAGAUGUCGGUCGCUCAGCGGCUGGACCAGAUCCGACAUGAUGUCACCGAGGAUGAGAUCACCCUCCUCCAAGCUCGCCUGUCUUCCAUCUAUGGCGCUGAUAUGGACAAGGCCGGGUUUUUCGAUGUGCUUAGGUGGUGGGCGUUGGGUGGAUAUACCAUGGAUGGCCUCUACGAGACUGGAGACGAGUUCAAGCUUCCGACUGGGCAGUCGAGCUUCGCACGAUGCUUUUUUGAUGAAGCUCUCAAGACUCAAAAUCUUGCAUACUCGUUCAACACCGCUGCGGAGACUAUCCAAGACAAGGGCGAUCGAGUUACUGUCAAUCAGCAUUGGGAAGCGAAGCGACUGAUUUGCACUCUUCCUCUCAACCUGCUCCAACAUGUCCGUUUCGACCCGCCUCUAGACGCUGCAAAGAUGACGGCGGCCACUCGUCCCGGAAACAUCAACCAUGGUGCAAAGGUCCACCUUGAAGUACAAGGCGACGCACUUCGAUCUUGGUCUUCUGCAUCCUUCCCGGUUACAAGGGCCUGCAGUGCAUUUGGUGACGGCACGACCGCCAGAGGAACCACCCACGUUGUCAGCUUCGGUGUCAACAAGCCAUUCUCAACCCCUGAAGAGGAUGCUAGAGACUAUGUAGCGGAUUGCAAGAGGUUGCACGACAUGGAUGUCAAGAAGACGAUCUGGCAUAAUUGGAGCACUGAUCCCUACUCGCGAGGCUCGUGGUGCAUGUAUCCGCCAAACUAUAGCUUCCAACACCUUUCUGCGCUGCAGAAACGGCAAGGAAGCAUCUUGUUUGCAAACUCUGACUGGGCCAUGGGAUGGCGCGGAUACAUUGACGGGGCCAUCGAACGAGGCGGAUUGGCCGCCAAGGAGGUUUCCGAAGAAGUCUUCUCGUCCAAGAUUUAA